AUGAUAUUGUAGAAUUGAAGUCUCCCAGAAAUAUUUGUCUUGAAGGUUCAGACUCUUCAAGGUUGAAGGAGUUCCAAAAGGAUUUGCGAAGAGAAACGUGUGAAUAUUCUUAAGUUGGGCCUUAAACGAAGUUGAAGCCCAACCAAAAGACGUCGAUUAAAACUUCAUUCCGAGAUGCAGGAUGGCACCGAGGAAAGGCAAUUAGUAGGGUUUAAGGGACAGAAACCCUAGCGACAGAGAGAGAGAAUGGGGAAGACGACGUAUAUGCGAUUAAAGGGAAGCCAAAGCAUGAGGCAGAGGCUGCUUCUGGCGACGCUUUCUUCGACUCCGAUAAUCAUCGAAGAGAUUCGUGCCGACGAUAUGAUUCCCGGUCUCCGUCCACACGAGAUUUCUCUUCUUCGUCUCUUCGAGACUGUUUCCGAUGACUGCGUCGUCGAGAUUAACGAAACUGGAACCAAACUAAAGUACAAGCCUGGGAUUAUAAUGGGAGGAAAGAACUUGGUUCAUAACUGUGGGCUGAAUCGAUCUAUCGGCUAUUUUUUGGAGCCAUUGCUUGUGUUGGGGUUAUUUGGAAAGAAGCCCCUUUCGAUAAGACUCAAAGGAAUUACAAAUGAUCCAAGGGACCCAAGCAUCGAUACAUUUCGUUCUACCACGUUACAUCCUGCUGAAGGGUUGGAUCUAAAGAUAGAAGCACGUGGAGUAGCACCAGAAGGGGGUGGAGAAGUUGUCUUAACAGUCCCUAACGUUCAGAGUCUAACUGCGGUACAGUGGAUGGAUGAAGGAAUGGUUAAGAGGAUACGAGGUGUAACUUUCUCCACAAAAGUUUCUGCUGACUUUGAACAUUCUAUGAGAUAUGCAGCCCGUGGAAUCUUUAACAACCUGCUUCCCGAUGUUCACAUAUUCUCCGAUCACAAAGCUGGUCCACAGGCUGGAAAAUCCCCGGGUUAUGGGAUAUCAUUGGUAGCAGAAACCACCUCUGGGUGCUACAUCUCUGCUGAUACUGCGGUCUCUUGUGGAAGAGUAGAUGAAACGGGUGAACUUGAAGCAGAGAAGAAAGAAAGAAUGCCUGCGGAGGACACGGGCGUGCAAAUAGCGUCCUGGCUUCUUCAGGAGAUUGAAAAAGGCGGAGUUAUCGAUUCAACACACCAGGGUCUGUUGUGUAUACUAUGUGCACUAUGCCCGCAAGAUGUAUCGGUAGGGACAUUGUCUCCAUACGGAGUCGAGACAUUGAGGAACAUAAGAGACUUUUUGGGGGUCAAGUUUGUGAUAAAACCCGAUCCGUCGACAGGAACCGUGAUACUGAAGUGUGUAGGAAGCGGUUUGAAGAACCUUUCGAGAAAGUUGUCGUGAUCUUGUUCGAGAUUCUUUCUGGUGAAUCUAAUCACAGAAAUCGACAAGAGAAAGUUAGCAUCAGUGAUGAAGGAGAUCCUCUUCUCUUGUGAGUUUUGGUGUGAACAAAGAAAUUUUACAAUGAUAAAUCAACUGCAGAAUCUUAUGUUUUGUUAUUUUGAUGUUGUUUUACUCUUGUAGAAUUUUAUAAAAAUCGAGAUUUAUUUUUGCAA